AUGGUGCCGCUAGGACCCGGGCCAGGCCAUCCUACCGCACAUCAAACUCACGGCGGGCCAUCUACUAAUUUAUCCGGUCCAAAUUCGUUAUCACAGAGUUCUUCACAAUCAAACAAGUCGUCAGUAGCGAAGCCGAAUUACACACUAAAAUUUACUCUUGCUGGACACACAAAAGCGGUGUCGUCCGUUAAAUUUAGUCCUAACGGCGAAUGGCUGGCAAGCUCCUCUGCUGACAAACUUAUUAAAGUGUGGGGAGCUUAUGAUGGCAAAUUUGAGAAGACUAUAUCAGGGCAUAAGAUGGGCAUCAGUGAUGUGGCAUGGUCAUCAGACAGCAGGCUGAUUGUUAGUGCCAGUGAUGAUAAAACUUUAAAGGUCUGGGAAUUAAGUUCUGGAAAAUGUUUGAAAACACUAAAAGGACACAGCAAUUAUGUGUUUUGCUGUAAUUUUAAUCCACAAAGUAAUCUUAUUGUCUCUGGUAGUUUUGAUGAGAGUGUGCGGAUAUGGGAUGUUAGAACAGGUAAAUGCUUAAAGACACUACCAGCGCAUUCAGAUCCAGUGUCCGCGGUACAUUUUAACAGAGACGGAAGCCUUAUUGUAUCUUCAAGUUAUGAUGGUUUAUGUCGUAUUUGGGACACAGCGUCCGGUCAGUGCCUUAAAACUCUAAUAGACGACGACAAUCCUCCAGUCUCCUUUGUUAAGUUUUCUCCGAACGGCAAAUACAUAUUGGCAGCGACACUCGACAACACAUUGAAGCUAUGGGACUAUAGCAGAGGCAAAUGUUUAAAAACGUACACAGGACACAAGAACGAGAAAUAUUGUAUUUUCGCCAAUUUCAGUGUUACAGGUGGAAAGUGGAUAGUGUCCGGAUCAGAAGACAACCUGGUAUACAUCUGGAACCUCCAGUCCAAAGAGAUAGUGCAGCGGCUCUCCGGGCACACGGACACGGUGCUGUGCACCGCGUGCCACCCCACCGAGAACAUCAUCGCCUCCGCCGCGCUAGAGAACGACAAGACUAUCAAACUGUGGAAGAGCGACACG